AUGGCCAAGUCCAGCGCGGACGGCCCCUCCCCGCACGCCCAUGGCCUCCUGGCGCCCUGCCCGCACUCGCUCCGCGCGUUGGUGCUUCGGAGCCCUUUGACGGUGUGCCGCCCGAGCUGCGGGAAGCAGGCAGAUGCCGUGGGCGCGCAGAGUUCCCACCUUGCGCAGCUCGGCCGCCCGCUGGCCACUGGGCACCCACGGUCAGCGCCAGUACGGUGCUUCCCACGCCGCGAGGUGAGUUUAUCCAGCGAGAAGCCGACAUUGCCCAGGGGGCCUUCGGAGCACACGUCGCAUGACGCGCUGCUGCAUGCGGUACCUCCAUCCAAGCUGGCCAGCGAGCUCGCGGACAGCUGGCGCGAGUUAGCCGGGCUGCCGGCGUCCUUGGAGCGGAAGGUGGAGGAUACCAACGAGCUUCAUUGGGCGCGUCUCGACGAGACAGCCGCGACGUCGGGAGGUUUGUCGACCCUGGAGGUUCGGCUGGAGGUCAUGGAGGGGCGGCUGCCUAAGCUGGCCACGGAGCUGUAUUCCAAGCUCAAGACUUCAGAGGAGAGGCCCUUCGGCGCGGUGUCGGCCAUGGAGGCUGGCGUGCGCUGCGAGAUGCUCAAGCUGAGUCCAGAUCUGGACCUGCAGCUCGUCCAGCUGGCAGACGACAUUAAAGAAGGGCGCGUUGACCCAGAGGCGAAGAGGGGCGAGAGCCUCGUGGACACCAUUGCGCAGCUCGAGGAUCAGGGACUGGAGCGCUGCGUCGAGGAGGCACACGUUGCGGCGCGCAAGGGCUACGACGACCUGGCCAGGCGCCUCGAGAGCGAACUGGACUGCAGAUUCCAGGCCGCCGCCGCAGACCAGGCGAGCCUCCGUGAGAGACUGGAGUGGGCGGUCGCCAGCAUGCGGAUAGGCUUGCCGGCACCACAGAAGCAGCUGCGCUCGGUCGAGACGGGGCUGCGCGAGCAGGGACAAGCCCUGUGCGCGCUGGAGCACGGCCUCGGCGACCCAGGCCAGCAACCGUCGUCUCAAGCGGUGUGGUUGGCAUCCGCCCGCGAGCCCGCUGGGGCAACGCGCGAGAAGGACAACGAGGCGCGCGACGUGAUGCGGCAACUGCUCGCGGCGCAGAGCCAGCGCGCCGACGUCCUCGCGGACGAUCUGUGGGCAGGUCUCGCGACCGAACAACUCGUGUUGCGGUUUGCCGCCGUGGAGCGCAGCGCGUUGGCACUGACCGCUGCGGUUGGGCGCUUGCAGAGCGCCGGCACCGACCACGCUGAUGGCGUCGCGCCUGGAGCGGGCAGAGAAGCGCUUGCCGUGGCGGAGAGCCAGGGUGCCGCGGUGCUCGCUUAA